UCAAAUGCUAUCCGUGGACGGGCGGCUCAUUGUCAGGAGAGUUGCAGUGCGAGCAGGAGGGAGAGAACGCAGGUACAGGUACAACAGCAGCAGCCGCAAGCAGCACUUCAGCCACAGCAUCACAGAAAACACACUCUGCUACACUCAACUGAAAGAAGAUGGAAACAGGCAGAGGGGCUUUCUCACCAGCACGAAGUCCUCCUCUCAGAGAUGAGCUAAGACAGGCAUCUCAGAACAGUUUCUACCUAAGCCCACCUCCACUCUACAUUAAGCCCCCAAAACUCUCCCCUCCCAGAUACCCCAGAAUAUCACCCACCAGAGACACAUACAGGGCUUUCAGCCCACCUGCUUUCUUUCCCAUGCUUGGCUCCGGUUAUACCCAAAAGGAAGGAUCCCAAAAACGCAAAAGAACUCCCUCUAAAAUGGAUGCCCAAGGAGGUGAAUCCCCUGACAGAGGAGCAGAGGAGACUGAAGAAAGCAGCAGUAAGAAGACGGUGGACCUCUCCCACAUCCCCUUUUCACUCCCACUUCGCCCCAUUCCUUCCCCAUCCUCUAAGCCCGUCCCUGGUAUGAUCGAACUAAACAGACUGCAGCUUCAUCACAGAUCACCUGGUAUGAAUCUACCUGUGCAGGUGAAACAGGAACCUCUCAGUCCUUCCCCUGUUUGGCCUCCCUCUCCUUUCCUCCUCCACCCUCCCUACUUCCCAUCUCUCCACCACAGCCUCCUCCCAUACCCCUUCUUCAUGCCCGGCCCUGUCAUGCACCUCUCCCCUGGACCUUUCUACCCAAGAGAGGAUCUCCACCCCAGGCAUCGGGGCAGAGACGGACCUCCUCGUGGUGGGACAACCAGCGCUGAAAAGCUUGGUCUCAACAUCCACGUGGAUGACAGUUAUUAUGUAGACGUGGGAGGAGACCAGAAGAGAUGGAAGUGUCGUAUGUGUGAGAAGUCCUAUACCUCCAAGUACAACCUGGUCACGCACAUCCUGGGGCACAAUGGCAUAAAGCCACAUGGGUGCCACCUGUGUGGGAAGCUGUUUAAGCAGCUGAGUCACCUGCACACACACCUGCUCACCCACCAGGGCAUGAGGCCCCACAAGUGCCAAGUGUGCCACAAGGCCUUCACUCAGACCAGCCACCUGAAGAGACACAUGAUGCAGCACAGUGACGUGAAGCCAUACAGCUGCAGUGUCUGUGGCAGAGGCUUUGCGUACCCCAGUGAGCUUCGCGCCCAUGAGCUGAAGCACGAGAAAGGCCAGGAGAACGUAUGCGUAGAGUGUGGUCUGGAUUUCCCCACACUGGCCCAGCUGAAGAGGCACCUGACCGCCCACCGCGGCCCCACCCUGUACAGGUGUUCAGAGUGCCAGAAGACUUUCCAGUACCCGAGCCAGCUUCAGAACCACAUGAUGAAACACAAAGACAUCAGGCCGUACAUCUGCAGCGAGUGUGGGAUGGAGUUCAUCCAGUCACACCACCUGAAACAGCACACGCUCACUCACAAAGGGGUGAAGGAGCACAAGUGUCGCAUCUGUGGUCGUGAGUUCACCCUGUUGGCCAACAUGAAGCGCCAUGUCCUCAUCCACACCAACAUACGGGCCUACCAGUGCCACAUGUGCUUCAAGAGUUUUGUCCAAAAACAGACUCUCAAGGCUCACAUGAUUGUCCACUCAGACAUCAAGCCCUAUAAAUGCAAGCUUUGUGGGAAGGAGUUCAACAGGAUGCACAACCUAAUGGGCCACAUGCAUCUCCACUCAGACAGCAAACCCUUCAAAUGCCUUUACUGCCCAAGCAAGUUCACGCUGAAGGGGAACCUCACCAGACACAUGAAGGUCAAACACGGCGUCAUGGACAGAGGGCUGGAUGAAAGAUUGUUUAGGCAAAGAGGACGAUUCUGCCUGUCCACCCCUAUGGGCCUCCUCACCCACUUCAGCCAAGAGGAGCCGUUUGAUCUUUCCCAGAAGCCCCCAGGCCUGCCCAGCCUCCGCCUCUCCCAGUCUGAUGGCGAGAGUGUCCCUGGAAGCUCAUGUCAGGAGGAGGAUGAGGAGAGUUUGUACAGAAGGAGCCAGUACAGCCCCUCGGUGGACCAACACGAGCUGGAGGAGAGAGGACAAGGGUCUCCUGAACUCAGACCAGGGAAGAGGCAGAAACAAAUGUAUCAGCAUAGUUUAGAUGAACAGACAUAUGAGAGGGAGUCAGCAGCAGAGGAACACUCUGUAAAUCCCAGAGGUGACCAGGUGCACCUCUUACAGUCAGAAGAGACAUCCGAGAUGGGCUAUGACUCUGAUUCGGAGCUGGGUGACCGCCACGAGACAGGCCGUAGACAGUCAUAUGGUUAUGACUCAGAUUCAGAGCUAGAAGAUCAUCCCCAAAAGGUAGAUGAGCCAGAUCAAAGCGCACAGCAGGAGGGAGGCUUUUGUGACGCAGCUGAGAGGAAACAGAGCAGAUUGGACACAGGUGAAUUCAUGGGAGUUACGGGUCCACGGGAUGAAGAAGAAGACUGAGAGAAAAUAGUAGAAUAAUGAAAAGAAAAUGCAGGUUUUAGGGAAGGUAGGAAAAUGGAGACAGGAGACAUGCCAAUAAGGAGAGAGGAAAGUGUGUAAGUCUCUAAACAAAACUGAUAAUAGAUGAUGUGGUAUAGUAGCUUAGCACAAGAAAAGAAACAUAAAUCAUGUUUGUUAACUGAAACUGAAAUACAAAGCUGUGAAGCAUACUGCAUGUACAGAAUAUAUCAUACACUGAUUAAUAGCCACUGACAGAAGGUUAAUGGGCAUUUAUGAGUGGAAAAGAUUAGGAUGUAGCUUUUUUUGUAAAUAAAAGAAAAAAAAUAUAUUUAAUAAUUUUGUUUUGUUACAGAUCAUUUUGCAAUACUGACUCAAAUAUGCCAUUUUGCUUUAACUUUCACUCUCUUGUUUGUGUAAAUCUAUGCUAUUAAAAUCAAUAAUGUGCCAUUGCUCAAACCACUGUGCAUGUUUUGGGGUUAUUUUGUUAUUUUUGUAUUGUAAUGGGCAUAAUAAUGUAUUUCUUAACACGUACAGAUAUGAUAAGGUUUGGGUUGCCUAAAUCCUUUGAGUGUCUUUAUGAAAUAAACUGUGAUUUAGCUUUUUUAUGUCUAAUGUUUAGAUUUUCUUUAUCUAUAUGCCUUUGUUAGAUCAGUUUUGAUGGGAUGGCUGUGUUUUUAUUAUAUGACAUUGUAAUGUUGAUCAUCUGAAUAUGAUUCUGCAAGAUUAAUACAAAAUAAAAGCUUGAACGCAUGAACCU